CUCACUGGGAGCCGCGCCGCGAAACUGCGCCGCGACCGUCGCCGCUUUCCGCGCGGGCUCCUAAACUCAACCUCUGGGCGGAGCAGCGACGCCUUAGCCGCGAUACCCUCCCCGCAGCCUGGGGGUCUGCGGUGCGCUCCCCCGUCCCUGGCUGUCCUGGGCGGCCGGCGUGAGCGUCCGCAGCACGGGUGUUUGCAGUCCAAGGCCCGGGCCUGCCAGACGCCACCCGGAUGCUGCGCUGGCUGAUCGGGGGAGGCCGCGAGCCGCAGGGGCUGGCCGAGAAAUCUGCUUUGCAGACCAUAGGUGAGGAUCAGACUCAGAACCCCUAUACUGAGCUGCUGGUACUGAAAGCUCAUCAUGACAUCGUACGGUUUCUGGUGCAGUUAGAUGAAUACAGAUUUGCUUCUGCUGGUGAUGAUGGAAUUAUAGUUGUGUGGAAUGCCCAGACAGGUGAAAAACUUCUGGAACUCAGUGGACACACUCAAAAGAUAACAGCUAUUACUGCGUUUCCUUCCUUGGAAUCUUGUGAAGAGGAAAAUCAGCUUAUCUUGACAGCCUCUGCUGAUCGAACAGUUAUUGUUUGGGAUUGUGAUACUGGCAGACAAAUUAAGAGAGUAUCAAGCUUCCAGUCUACUGUAAAGUGCUUAACUGUUCUUCAGAGACUAGACGUUUGGCUCUCCGGUGGUAAUGACUUAGGUGUGUGGAGCCGAAAAUUAGAUCUACUAUGUAAGACAAACCACCUUUCUGAUACAGGAAUCAGUGCUUUGGCUGAAAUCCCUAGGAACUGUAUUGCAGCAGCAGUUGGCAGAGAACUGAUAAUUUUCAGGUUAGUCACACCCACAGAAGGAUUGUUGGACUGGGAUAUCAAUGAAGUUAAACGCCUUCUGGAUCAUCAGGAUAAUAUUCUGUCAUUGGUCAAUGUCAAUGAUGGGAGUUUUGUCACGGGCUCCCAUGUUGGAGAGCUGAUCAUCUGGGAUGCCCUAGGCUGGACCAUGCAGGCCUAUGAGCGCAGCUUCUGGAACCCGUCUCCACAGCUGGACACUCAGCAAGAAAUAAAACUCUGUCAAAAACAAAGCAACAUUUCUAUUAAUCAUUUCACAUGUGAUGAAGAGAAUAUAUUUGCUGCGGUUGGAAGGGGGUUAUAUGUGUAUAACCUUCAAAUGAAGCGUGUGAUUGCCUGCCAGAAAACAGCACAUGAUUCCAAUGUCCUGCACAUUGCCAAACUUCCAAACAGGCAGUUAAUCUCAUGCUCAGAAGAUGGCAGUGUACGCAUUUGGGAGUUACGGGAAAAGCAGCAGCUUGUGGCAGAACCUGUGCCGACAGGAUUUUUUAAUAUGUGGGGAUUUGGAAGAGUGAACAAACAAGCCAGUCAACCUGUGAAAAAGCAGCAAGAAAAUGCGACUUCAUGUUCUCUGGAGCUCAUUGGAGAUUUGAUCGGACACUCAUCCUCUGUGGAGAUGUUUCUGCACUUUGAGGAUCAUGGAUUAGUGACUUGCUCUGCUGAUCAUCUCAUCAUUUUGUGGAAAAAUGGAGAGCAAGAAUCUGGAUUACGCAGUUUAAAAUUAUUUCAGAAGUUAGAAGAGAACGGUGACUUAUACCCUGCUGUCUAGUUUAAGGAAUUGGAUGAAUACAUGUGCAUGAGCCUUGAGCAUCAAAUUUAGAGUAAUACUCUGAAAACCAUUAACGUAUUGGUCACUUAGAUUUGUAAUUUUGUUUCUUGGUCAUAAAGUUCUGUUUGUUUGA